AUGCUCCAGUCUCUCCGCCUCGACGCCGCACUCGCGGUGCCGUCGCGCGCGGCCGUCCCCGCCUCCUCCUUCGUCCGGCCGCAAAUUAGCCUCCGGUCGAGCCGCGUCCUUAGCGGGCGGCGAGUGGCGGAGCGGUCCGCCGUAACUGCGCGCGUGCAGGCGGUGGCGGAGCUGUUUCCGUCCGUGGAGGGCGCGGAGGACGCGGGGGAAGCGGAGGAGGUCGACGCGCCUGCAGUGAAGGCGAAGACGGGGAAGAAGGCGCUUGUGUUCAAGAGGGACCAGACCCGGUCGAAGCGCUUCUUGGAGAUUCAGAAGCUGCGCGACCGCAACGGCGAGUACGCGCCGGUGGAGGCGCUGGAAAUCGUCAAGGCGACGGCUUCCGUCAAGUUUGACGAGUCCGUCGAGGCGCACUUCCGCCUCAGCAUCGACCCGAAGUACGCCGACCAGCAGCUGCGCGCCACGGUGUCUCUGCCCAAGGGAACCGGUCAGGUGGUUCGGGUUGCUGUGCUCACCCAAGGAGAGAAGCAGAGGGAGGCGACGGAGGCGGGUGCUGACGUGGUGGGCGCGGAGGAUCUGAUUGAGCGCAUUGCGGGCGGCUUCCUCGAGUUUGACAAGCUGGUUGCCACGCCUGACAUGAUGCCCAAGGUGGCGCGUCUGGGUCGUCUGCUGGGUCCACGUGGCCUCAUGCCCAACCCCAAGGCCGGCACCGUCACCACCGACCUUGCUUCGGCGGUGGUGGACUUCAAGGCGGGCAAGGUGGAGUACCGGGCGGACAAGACGGGCAUCGUGCACGUGCUCUUCGGCAAGGCCUCCUUCUCCAACGACGACCUCCUCACCAACCUCGUUGCCGUCGCUAACUCUGUGGAUGCGAAUCGCCCACCAGGCGCCAAGGGAGUGUACUGGAAGACAGCAUACAUCUGCGCUACAAUGGGCCCGUCUGUUCGUGUAAAUGUGUCUGCCUUGAGGGACUUCAAGCUGCCCACUGCCUCAUCCCUGUGUGUCCUGCGGAUCUACAUUCGGGGAGUUUCAAGCAGCGCAGUGCGCUCACGGCAGGCGGCAGGAUUUGAGAGGCGAAUGAAUGGAGCCUACCUUUCUGGGGCGCCUACGGCCCCCGUCCCCUCCCCUUUCCCCCCCCUCACUGGCUCGGAGCAGCGCAGUGUGUUCACGGUGGGCAGCAGCGUGUGGGUGCCGGACGAGGAGGAUGCAUGGGCGGAGGGCGAUGUGGUGGGCGUCAAGGAUGGCGCAGGGGCAGGGGCUGCGGGCGGGCAGGUGGUGGUGCGCACUAUAGGGAAGAAGAAACGCGAGGUGACGGUAGCAGCGGGUGCGUGUUACGCACGGGAGGAGGAUGGGGGAAUCAUGGACGACAUGGUCAAGAUGGCCUACCUGCACGAGCCAGGGGUGCUCUGCAACCUCAUGCUGCGCUACCAGCGCAACCUUAUUUAUACGUACACGGGCAGCAUUUUGAUUGCAGCAAACCCCUUCAUGCGCAUCCCAGGCAUCUACGACCGGGAGAUGAGGGAGGCGUACAGAGGGGCUCAGAUCGGUGACCUCAGCCCACACGUGUUUGCCAUUGCUGAUAAUGCGUACAGAGCCAUGGUGGACGAUAAGCGCAGCCAGUCGAUUCUGAUUAGCGGAGAGAGUGGGGCGGGCAAGACAGAGACGACAAAGCUGGUGAUGGAGUAUCUGGCAUCGGUGGGGGGACGGUCCGAGGCGACUGAGGGGCGCAGCAUUGAAAGCCAAGUGCUGGAGGUGGGUCGAGUGGUCAAGCUCAGAACAGGGGGUGAUGCUAAUGAGUGCAACGGGCAAGGGGGCAAGACAGAGACGACAAAGCUGGUGAUGGAGUAUCUGGCGUCCGCGGGUGGGCGGUCUGAGGCCACUGAGGGGCGCAGCAUUGAAAGCCAAGUGCUGGAGUCAAACCCAUUGUUAGAGGCCUUUGGAAACGCCAAGACAGUGCGCAACGGCAACUCGAGUCGCUUUGGCAAGUUCAUCGAAAUCCAGUUCGACCAGCGGGUCCCUCCUUUCCUCUCCCUCCCACCCCUCUCUCUUGCCAAAAUCAUCCUCCCCUUCCUCUCCAUUCCCCUUCUCUCUCCCCAUCCCACGCACCCCCUUCCCCUCCCCUUCUCUUCAAACCCCUCCUCUCUCAUCCCCUCCCAUCCCUCUUCCUUGUUACCUACCAAAGCCUUUGGCAACGCCAAGACAGUGCGCAAUGACAACUCGAGUCGCUUCGGCAAGUUCAUCGAGAUCCAGUUCGACCAGCGCGGCCGCGUGUCUGGUGCUGCCAUCCGCUCCUACCUUCUAGAGCGGUCCAGAGUGGUGCAGAUAGCAGACCCCGAGCGCAACUACCACUGCUUCUACCAGCUCUGUGCGGGUGCAUCCACUGAGGAGGCAGAGAAAUACCGGCUGCCACCAGGGCCGAACAGGGCGGAAAAGUUUCACUACCUGAAGCAGAGCAAGUGCAUUGAGCUGGAGGGGAAGCGCAGCAACGCAGAGGAAUAUGUGAUAACGCGGAAUGCCAUGGACGUUAUUGGAUCUCCCAGGACGAACAGACACCCAUCUGCACUGCACGUGCGUGUGCAAGCAGGCGUCGAAAUUCAGCAUAGUGGUGGCGGUUCUGCAUCUGUGGAACGUGGAGUUCAAGCAUCGAUAUUCGGCAUAGUGGCAGCAAUUCUGCAUCUGGGAAACGUGGAGUUCAAGGAGAAGGGCGACAAGAUGCGGAUUGCCAAGCACUCGGAAGAGAACCUCGAGAACGUCGCCCACCUGCUCUCGUGUGACAAGAAGAAGCUGCAGGAGUCGCUGUGCACGAUGAAGCGCAAGGUGGGAGGCGAGGUGAUCAAGAGCUAUUUGGACGAGAAGGGCGCGGUUGUGCGCCGAGACACGCUCGCUAAGACACUCUACUCCAAGCUCUUUGACUGGUGGGUGGUUGGUUGA